UGGUAUUUUGUAUCACUCGAAGAUUAAUGCAGUCACGGGUAGAGUACGAAACAGUUCGCAUUUAUAAGAAGCACUUACAGUACUCCACAAAGGCUACAAACAUGUUUGAGUCAGCGGUAAGUUGUGCAUGGUCACAAAGUUGGCAGAAGGAGGAACGGCUUGAGGACGAUUCAUAUAUUCUACCGCAUAUAUUAUAUGCAUUGACAGAGAUCAGGGCCCGAAUCACAUUCUCUCAGUUGCUCAGUGAAAAACAUCGAGCAGUUUCGUCGCGUGAAAACACGAAGAUGUGAUUCGAACAAACCGGAACUCGAAGGUGGUUGAAUGCGUUUCCCCAUCACUAGCAGCACUCACAGCAUCUACAUCUGCAUCUGCAUCCGGAUUAUGAGGGGGCGAUACAACAAGCUGUCACGACUGAAAUAUAUGUUCACUUCUGUUCUCCUACAGCUCCGAUGGCCGAAACCGAGAAGGAACAGCUCGUGCAACCGCACUCGACGUGUGAACAAAGUGGAUCCUACCGACAGACAGCUCUGAUGCUCUGAUUCAUGGACAUCAAACCUGCAGAUGGGCUAUCUCAGCAAUCCCGAGAGAUGUUAUUGGCGAGCACACGGUGCUGGAGCUCCUGUAUUCUUGUUCUCUGCAAAACACAGGCAGAAGCAGCCGAUGGGACGAGGAGCUGAACGUGCGGCCACUGGUCUCGGUGAGGGCUCAUUGAAGUGGACAGAUGAAGGUUUAAGUCUUCUUGAAAAGAUGAAUGCAAUGAAUGACAAUUGCAGACUUAAAAUC